UGGUGUUCCUGGGCUGGCGUGGCUACACGUGGUCUGCAGUCGUGAGACCGGCUGCAAGAAAAACGACUCAAAACCAGGGAAGUCAGACCAGCGUGCCGCAUCGGACGAGAGAGCCAGCAAAGACACCCGGGGACAUCACCACGAAGAAGAAGAGGAGCAUGGGAGAAGUGAAGAGUGAUGAGCAAAACAGUGUGUCGGAGGAGUCGGAAGUGAAGGCUAAGGCGGACACAACUCCUCCUACAACAAAGAGUGAAACGACAGACGCUAAGAAGGCAGCACCUACAGAAGCAAAGACUGUGCUCUCUGCCCCAAUAGACUCGGUAGAGGCCGGAGAGGCGGGGAUAAAGAGAACCUCUACCCCAGCCCAGCGCACCGAUGUUGGGGAGAAGCAAGAGGCUGUCCUGGAGGAGGACACCUCUCCUAUGACGGUCACUGAUACUCCCACAGAGGUAACUGCCGUGGAGACAGGGGUCCAAUCAGAAACUCCACAGGAUGUAGUGGUGGGGAGCCUAUCAUCUGUCAUGGAGAUGGAACAGAAGACCCAAUCCGAGACACUGUUACCAGACAGCACGUCGUCCAAGAAGAAAAAGAUCAAGAAGUCUAAAACGCCUGUACAGGAGGAAGCGGUAGCAGAACCAGAGACUAAUACAGAUGUGCCGGAGGCUAGUGUGAAAGCCACGGAGACAGAAGACCAGCCUGCUACAGCUACCCAGGACGGAGAGGCUGCAGAGGGGGCUACAGAGCCAGAGAGCACCCCUGAGACUGCUACUACUAGCACAACCAAGAGGAAGGGCAGGAGGAAGAGCACCAAGCAGGACCCUGGGGAACAGACCACCGUAGAGGAGGUUGAGACGAAGCCAGAUGCUGUAGAAGAGAUCAUGGCCACCCCACUAAAGAAGACUAGGAGGAAGAAGGCUGAACGGAGUGCUGAGAGCACAAAGGAAGAGGUCGCUGAAACAGACUCAGCACCGGUAGACACGACACCAGCAGGCCCUAAACCACUCCAGCUGAGGAGCCUCCAGCUGACGUCCGCAUCGCCACCACUUCCCUGAAAAAUAAAAAACUAAAGGCGGCCAAGUCUGAAGAGGAGAGUGUGGAGGUCGAGGGUGAAAUGCAGCCAGAAACUGAAGCGGCCUUCAUACUUGUAGUCGCUGAGACGGUGCCGGCAGACGUCGCUACACCAACCCUGCUCAAAAAGAAGAAAAAGAAGACGGCCAAAGCUGAAGAACAGAGCGUGGAUGCCGAGGGUAAAACAAAGACGGCAGCAGACUCCAACCGCACACUUGUAGACGCUGAGCCGGAGCUUGUAGAGGUUUCCACACCAACUCCGCUCAAGAAGAAAAAUGAGGCAGUGCCGGUAUCUGGGGAGCAGGAGCCAGACACCAGGGCAGUGGAGGAGAGCAUUGCAGAGGAGCUGCCCACAAAGGUUGACCUGGAGACUCCCGUGUAGAAGCGGAAGUUCCCGGUAGUGAUAGAGGUCGAGCCUGAGGAGCUGGAGGCUGAGGCAGAGGCUGCUAGAGUCAAUGACAGCGAAGAGCCGUCUACACCGGUGAACGCCAAGAAAACAAAAAGGAUGAUGCCCAAGAAGGCUAAGGCAGGGGAGGAGUCUGACUUCAUUACGUUCCAGAACCAUGCCACCAUCCCUACACCCAUCUUCUUCAAGAGAGCAAAGGGAAGCCCCAGCACAUCGUGGUCCAGCAAGAAGAAGUGUCAGACUCCAAAAUCUGAAUCCAAGAAGGUUACCUUCGGACUUCAUAAAAACAAAGCUGCAGAAUUCAGGAAGACCGAUCGCAGCCUGCUGGUGAGUCCAGAAGGGUCGUCCAGAGUGCCAUUUGACUCCCAGCAGAAACCCCCGUUUGGAGUGCUGAAGUCCCCAGUGGCCUCUCUUACCAACAGCACCAAGAAGAAGACCAAGAGCAUCCCGAAAGCCAGCCCCAAACGCCCUACUCUGCUGCUGACUUUUUCUAGUCCUCCGUGAGGAGACUGGUGAGACAGAGGACACUUCCCACCCCACUGUUUGUCCACUAGGAACAUAUAAUUAUGAACGAAUGACCACAGAAUCUGUUAUUCCUCUGUUGGGGCGAUAUUGAUAUACACUUAUUUUUUAGUGGAAAUAUUUAUAAUUUUCUAUGUUCUUUUGCUGUUCUGUGUGGGUGAGCAAGUGUUCAAAUAAAGACCACUCCCUCCUUUUA